GAUGACACACAAUGUUUAAUUUAUGAGUUCACAAACGAGAGUCACAAAAUUGCAGUAGGGUUCCGCGAAUGGUUGUGUAAGAAAGUGACUGAUAGUGAAUUGCGAGAAAUUAUCAAUGAAGAAAAACAAGUUACAUUGCAAUGGCCUGAUGUGGAUGUCGGACCAGCGGCUACUAUAAAAAAAAAAUAGAUUCAUGUUCAUGGAUGCAAACCACGGCAAAAAUUUUAGCUCAUGGUGAAUGGACAGACAUGUGCACUCGUCGAUCUAAUUUGGAAAAAUAUGGGUUUAUGAAGUCUUCUAAAAGUGAGCGAAAAGAAAUAAAAAGAAAAUGCGUAAGUGACGAAAGCGAUGAUGAAGAUAAAACUAGAUCAAAGAAGAAAGUCUCCAAAUCUAAAAAACAUACUCAAUCCGUUGAGGUAAAAAAUAAAAAUAAACUGUGGAUGCAGUUGAAAAAUGACAAGCAGUUCGAAAGAAAGAUUACAAUUUCGGAUGAUGAGAACGAUGACAAUUCGUCAGAAAUGACAGCAAAGCUACAAGCUAAAGUCGUCACACUUGAGAAAGAGAUCGAAAGACUAAAAAAUGACAAUAAACGUUUGAGAACUUUAAAAACAAUAAACGAAGAUCUGUCAGUAAUAGAUAGCCAAAUAAAAAAUAUAAUGUCAAAUCUGACACAAAUUUUAAAAAAAACGGCGCACACAAAUGAAGAUUUCAACGAACAAAUUAUUCAAAAUGAGAGUCAAGAACUUGAGACACCAGCAAUUGGUAAUAACGUUUCUUCAAUUGAAGAAGACGUAGUUGAGCGUAAGAAAGAAAACGUGGUAAAGCAUGAGAAAGAAAACGUGGUUAAACAUGAGGAAGAGAACGUUAUGCGUGAGGAACCAAUACAUUUCCAUAUAAAGAAAGAAAUUCUGGAUAAAUGCAAUCAUUCGAGUAUUGCUAAAUUGACUGGAGAUCUCACUUCAGCAAUAUUUUCUCGAAAAGAACUUGCUACCUCAUCGUUAACGGGCAAAGUAGCCAAUAUUCAUAAAAAUAAAAAUACGUCUGCAGCCAAGGAAAAAGAAAAACUCAGCCCUCGGAGAGUAGAUGCCAUUAUGUCUUAUGUGCAAUCGACUUUCACAAGAAGUGAAGACACUGUUAAAGAAAUACAAAGAGCCAUUCGUCGCAAAUGCAAUAAUACUCGUAUGCAGUAAUACUCGUAUCAGAAUAUACAAAAAUAGUACAAAUUA